CGACUACCUUCUGCGGAUGCGUCUUCUAUUAUGGCCGGACGUGACGCCAGCUUCCUCAACCUUGAUCUACAGAACGAGAUGGGGUAAGAUAGAACUCCACAUUGUAUUGCAUCGGUUUUUUAAUUUGUUGCCAAUUUAA